CGCCAAACCAAAAAUAAUUAGCUUUGACACAGAACAGAAGCGAUUUUGUUGUGCGCACUUUCUGAAGAGGAUGAGAAUUCAAGCUGCGAGCAGCGAGGAAGAAGCUUUUGUACGGCGGACGACUUGACGCGAGCACACAGUUUGACGUAGCAUCAGUCGGUUUGAGGUGGUAGAAAACCUCAACAUCAGAAACAAGUAAAAAAAAUAUAUAUAUACUUUUGUGUUUUUAGGGUUUCAUCCAGAUUUCCAAUGCCAAAAAUCAGCCAUCAGUCUACCGGUUAAUAUUUUGUAGUUUUUAGAUACAAAUAGCAUUGAAAAAAAAUUUAAAAAACGGUUUUUAAAAUACAUCAAAAAGUAAUGGAAUGAGGAUUAUAUGACCUCCUUGAAAAAAAAAAAGGCUCACGAUAUAACAUGAAAAUAUGGCUUGGCAAGAUUUAUUAAAACAAGUACCGUAAAAAUAACUUUGCCUGAAAAUGAAAUGAAAAACUAAUUUAACUAUUUAUACUUCCAACAGGUCGAGCUAGUAGAAUGAUGCGGCUUCUUAUUUAAAAAAACUUUCUAACAACCAGUGAUAGAAUUCUGUGUUGAUUUUUUAAUAAUCAAUAUGACAUCCACUUUGAACCAGAACGGCAGACUUCCUGUCUCUUUAAGCAUGAGUUCUUGAGACCUUUGUGUUUUUUCAAGCAUUGCAGGUUUUUAAUAAGUGAAUCUCCACCUAUUUGCCUCACCAAAGGCGCUGAAAGUACAAAUUGGUGUCAAGGAAGUUUGUUAAAAUGACACAUCUUGAUUUAAAAGGAGGUAGGAAGGAGGAGUCGGAGUUAGAAAUGAGUCAAUUACUCAUGGUUUGCACCCCUCAAAAAAGUAAUUGAUAAACUAAGCAGAUUCAAGAGGACCCUAAAAAUACUUUCAGUCUGUUCUGCAGUCAGUAAUUCAUCAGCUAACUUUUAAUGAAGUGCUUUCUUUCUCCUUGUCUUCCUGCAGGCUGAUGGCCUCGUCCGCUGAGCUCUUCCACCGCUGAGGAGUUUUCCAAUUUCGACGGCCUCCUUUCCCAGCUCCAUGGGGUUCGACCUCAACACUUAAUUAUUAUCCCGGCAGCCGACUGUUGCUCGCUUGACCUCAUAAACUACUCCGACUGCGUCCCGGGCAGCUCCAUCCGCGGAAACUGCCGCAACAGGCUCCUUACAGAGACUCAGUGCUCGGCUUUGUCGGCGUCAAGAUGAAUGAAACGCACGACAACAGGACUUCCCUGGUCAAAGGCGCCAGAGACAUCGCCAAGGAAGCCAAGAGGCAAGCCGGCAAGAACUUCAGCAAGGCGGUGGACCGCGCCUCGGACGAAUACUCGGCGCACCGCAGUUACAACCGAUUCCACGACGACGAGGGGGAGGAGAACGACUUCGAUUCCUACGGGCAGGCGGACGGGCGCUACGACGAGGACGGGGCAUCCAGCGACGCCACGGAGGGCCACGACGACGAAGACGAGAUCUACGAGGGCGAAUACCAAGGCGUCCCCGCCUAUCAGGAGGGGAAACCGCAGACGCCCCCGGGCCUGCCGGCGGACGACAGUCUGAAGAGCCGCAAGGAUCUGGAGAACGAGCGGCAGGCCGACGAGGAGGAGCUGGCGCAGCAGUACGAGCUCAUCAUGCAGGAGUGCGGCCACGGGAGGUUCCAGUGGCAGCUCUUCUUCGUGCUGGGCCUGGCGCUCAUGUCAGACGGCGUGGAGGUCUUCGUGGUGGGAUUCGUCCUGCCCUCCGCCGAGACGGACAUGUGCGUGCCCAAUUCCGGCGCCGGGUGGCUCGGCAGCAUCGUGUACUUGGGAAUGAUGUUCGGAGCCUUUUUUUGGGGCGGCCUGUCGGACAAGCUGGGCCGUAAACAGUGCCUGCUGAUAUCCUUGUCGGCUAACGGCUUUUUCGCCUUCCUCUCCUCCUUUGUGCAAGGCUACAGCACCUUCCUCUUCUGCCGGAUGCUGUCGGGAUUCGGGAUCGGCGGCGCCGUCCCCAUCGUGUUCUCAUACUUCGCCGAGGUGUUGGCCAGGGAGAAACGUGGCGAGCACCUGAGCUGGCUCUGCAUGUUCUGGAUGAUCGGCGGCAUCUACGCCUCGGCCAUGGCGUGGGCCAUCAUCCCGCACUACGGAUGGAGUUUCAGCAUGGGCUCCGCCUACCAGUUCCACAGCUGGCGGGUGUUCGUGGUGGUGUGCGCGCUCCCUUGCGUCUCAGCAGUGGUGGCGCUCACCUUCAUGCCCGAGAGCCCCCGCUUCUUCUUACAGAUGGGCAAACACGACGAGGCCUGGAUGGUUCUGAAGCACAUCCACGACACCAAUAUGCGAGCCCGCGGAGAGCCUGAGAGAGUCUUCACCGUCAAUCGGAUUAAGAUACCCAAACUGAUGGACGAGCUGGUGGAGAUGCAGAGCGCGUCUGCCAACCCGGUGCUGAAGGUUCUCACGAAGGUCAAGACAGAGCUCCGAGGGAUCUGGUCAACUUUCAUGAGAUGCUUCGACUACCCAGUGAAAGACAACACCGUGAAAUUGGCAGCGGUUUGGUUUACGCUCUCCUUCGGGUACUACGGUCUGUCCGUUUGGUUCCCCGACGUGAUCAAGCACCUGCAGGCCGACGAGUACGCCUCCCGGGUGAAGAUCCACACCAACGAACGUAUCGAAGACUUCACCUUCAACUUCACGCUGGAGAACCAGAUCCACAGAAACGGCGUCUUCCUCAACGACAGGUUUAUCAGCAUGAAGUUCAAGGCGGUCUCCUUCGUCAACUCCUCCUUCCUCCACUGCUACUUUGAGGACGUCUCCUCCGUGGGCUCCUCCUUUCAAAACUGCACCUUCGUCGACUCCUUCUUUUAUAACACGGAUAUUGACGACGCCAAGCUGACCAACUCGCGGGUGGUCAACAGCUCCUUCCACCACAACAAGACGGGGUGCCAGAUGACCUUCGACGACGACUACAGCGCCUACUGGGUCUACUUCGUCAACUUCCUGGGAACGCUGGCCGUCCUGCCCGGCAACAUCGUCUCGGCCCUCCUCAUGGACAAAAUCGGCCGCCUCAGCAUGUUGGGUGGCUCCAUGGUGCUGUCGGGCAUCAGCUGCUUCUUCCUGUGGUUCGGCACCAGCGAGUCCAUGAUGAUCUUCAUGCUUUGCCUGUACAACGGCCUCAGCAUCUCCGCCUGGAACUCUCUGGAUGUGGUCACCACUGAGCUGUACCCCACCGACAGGAGAGGCACCGGCUUCGGCUUCUGCAACGCCCUCUGCAAGCUGGCGGCCGUGCUGGGCAACCUGAUCUUCGGCUCCCUGGUGGGCAUCACCAAGGCCAUCCCCAUCCUGCUGGCGUCGUGCGUGCUCGUCUGCGGCGGCUUGGUGGGCCUGCGGCUGCCCGACACGCGCGCCAACGUCCUCAUGUAAACGCCCGCCAGCCGCGUUUGUUUUUGUUUGUUUGUUUGUUUGUUUACCUGCACCUGUGCCACUGUUCAUUCGCUGCGCAUAACAAGGGAAACAUUUCUUUUGGAAUAUUGACGUCGCUAACGUAAAGCUAGACUCGGACUCUCGCCGUCACAUUAUUUGAUAUUUUUAGCACGGUCAAAAGUCCUGAAAAUACUGGAGUUUUCACAUCAAAACACAAUAUAUAUUUAUUGGCUCGAGUUAAUUAUGCUAACGCUGCUUUUUGACCCUCGCGGGGAGCCGUAGCUUUACGUAAACGGAGCAUUUCACUCCGGUUGCACCAAAAACACAAGCCGCUCACGGGUAGAUUGGCAGGCCUCACAAAAGCGCUUUUACUUUUGUAUUUAUUUGUACAUUUUGGUCCAAUGAAAAGCAGCUAUCGCUCAAUUUUAUUUGUUUUUUUCCUUUUCAAAAAAAAAAAUAUUGGAGAUACAUGCUUUCCAGUGACCAAUGACGAUUAUUUAUUUCCUUAAAUGUACAUUUAUUUAUUCACUGCUUUCCAUACUGCCACCGUCAAAUUAAAAGCAAGCAUCCGCAACUCUUUUGUUUAUUUUUCCUUCAAUGAGAAAAAAAUACAUUAAUUUUUGGUGCUUUUUUUUUUUGAAAGAAGAACAAACAGAAAAUUUGUAGAGCUUUUGCUUUGCAUUGAACCGUGACACGAUUUUUCUAAAUAUUUUUAUUUAUUUAUUUUGUUUAUUUUUUACAAUCUAUAUUUUUCCCAAAAAGGAUUGUCAGACAUUUUCUACAUACAAAGAUAAUGUUUCAACGUUUUCAUUGCGAAAUGUAUCGUUUUGUUAUCAAAUCUAGCAUCUCUGUGGGAAUAUUUUGCAUUUGAAGAGAUCCAUUUUGUUGCAAAAUCUUUUGCUAGCAAAAUAUAGCAUUUCUCUGGCUUAAUCUAGUGUUUUCAUUUAAAAAAAAAAAAAAAAAAAGCUAGCAUCUGUUUUGUACGGAGCCCCUAAAGGGACAUUGAAAAAAAAAACUGGUUUCUCAUUGUAAUGAGAAACUUUCUCAUCGUAACGGGUAAGUUUCUCAUUGUAAUGAGAAACUUUCUCAUUGUAAUGAGAUACUUACUCAUUUUAGUGAGUACGUUUCUCAUUGUAAUGAGUAACUAGUCCAUUGCAUGUGUGUAUGUAUAAAAGACCCUAAUUCCUUAUUCAGGAAGCUACCGCUAGCAGAUAAAUAAGCUACGAAUACCUGAACGCAGGAAGCUACCACGAGCAGGUAAAUAAGCUGCGACCCAUGGGUAGCCGUUUUUCAACACUCUCAUUGUAAUGAGUAACUUACUCCUGAGUUAAAAUGAAUAACUUACUCGUAAGUAAGUAAGAACUAGUAAGUUACUCAUUACAAUGAGUAACCAGUUUUUAAUUUUUUUCUUGCAAUGUCCCUUUAGGGGCUCCGUAGCUUUGAAAAAGUAAGCAUUUUUGUUUCAUAACACCAAAUUUUAGCAGCCAAAUCUUGCCUUUUCAUUGCACAAGCUGCAAUUUUCCUGUAAAUAUUUGCAUUUUAACAGCAAAAUUCUGCAUAAUAAUGGCAAAAUUUUGCGUGUUAAUCUGAAAUCUAGCAUUUCCCAUCAGAUGUUGUUGUCGUAAAACGCCGCAGCUGCGUAACGCUUGAUUUUCUCCCCUUGAUCCGUGUCCUCGAUCACACGCCGUCGACAUUCCGAGGUGACCCGUGAAGCUUUUUCGGGUGGCCGAAAAGCAAGUUCACAUUAAAAGCUUUUUUUUUUGCACAGCCGUGUGUAUGAAAAUACCAGAAUUUGAAUUUGAGAUGCCACAGAAAACGGGAUUUUAAUUUGAAAUGUAACGUGAUCACAUUUUCAAUAGUUGCGACAAUUCGCUGUCGAAAAAUUCACUGCCUGUGCCACCGGGCGGGGUUAAUUCAGGUCAGGGACCGAACACCCGGCCAAUCGCAGUUAAGCUUUCUCAGUCACGUGACAUCACAUACUAAGAAAGCCUAACCGUGAUUGGCUGGGUGCUAGUUUCUGACCUGAAGUAACCCCACCUGGUGUGGCACGGACGGUGAAUUUUCGACAGCGAAUUGUGGCCAGUUGAAUUGUUAACACUGAAAAUAAAACGAUUGAAAAUGUGAUCACUUUACAUUUCAAAAUUCAAAUCCUGGUGGCACAAUUUUACUCCCAUACGUGUGCUCGUCCUCACCGUGCGUCGCGUUCAAAGACCCCCGUCGCUCUUCGCGUCCCUUUCCUCGUGUUCUCCUCCUUAUAAAACAAAAACUCCACGGGCCUUUCUGCCCAAUCUGGUGCCUCUCGGUUUUUCUCUCGCUUCCCGAACGUCGCCGGGAGCUUUUGCUGCUCUGUUGUCUCUUCUCAGUUGCUUGAACAUAUCGAUGUCCAGCUUCCUACAUACAUUGCCCCCCCCCCCCCAAAAAAAAUGAGAAUUUUGUGCGUGGAAAGUCUCCCAUUUCAUAAUGCCAUAUAUUUGAACGAUAGUUUAUUUUUUCUCGUCGACUGUAAUGCGAUGAAAGUCAAGUCGGAGCUCGAUGAAUUGAAGACAUCAUCGAUACUGUGUCAGUGCUGAGCGCCCCAAACUUUUUCCGCCACGGACCUGUUUAAUAUCCAUUUUCUUUGACGCUUAUCCUCAUGAGGGUCACGGGGAGCGCCGGAGCCUAUCCCAGCUGUCAACGGGCAGGAGGCGGGGUACACCCUGAACCGGUUGCCAGCCAAUCGGAGGGCACAUCCAGACAAGCUGGUAAAGCGUUGGCCUCACAGUUCUGAGGACCCGGGUUCGAUCCCGGCCCCGCCUGUGCGGAGUUUGCAGGUUCUCCCCGUGCCUGCGUGGGUUUUCUCCGACAUCCCAAAAAUAUGCAACAAUAAUUGGACACUCUAAAUUUAAAUCUAGGUGUGAUUGUGAGUGCGGCUCUUUGUCUCGAUGUGCCCUGCGAUUGGCUGGCGACCAGUUCCAGGUGUACGCCGCCCGCCUCGUGCCCGUUGACAGCUGGGAUAGGCUCCGGCACUCCCUCCGAACCUCGUGAGGAUAAGCGGCAAAAGAAAAUGGAUGAAAGGAAAGUCUCAAAGUCUCACCCUUAAAAUGGUCGCUUGGAAAUCGGUUUGUGAAACUUUUUGUCUACUCACAUUAGACGACACUGGCAAAUUUCAUGACAAUAUUAAUAAUAUUUUAGCAUAAAACACAUUCUUCUAAAAAGUCACUGAUGGUGGUUCGGUGGAGGCAGUGUGGGAUCGAUUCCCGCUCAGCGACGUUGUCGAUAUCUACCCUGCGACUGCCUGGCGACCAAUUCAGGCUGUAGUGCGCCUUUUGCCCAAAUCGAGCCGUGAUAGGCUCCAGCUUUUCAUGCAACCCUUGUGAGGAUAAGCAGCUUGGAUAAAUGACGUGACACAUUCUUCUACUUCUAAAAUUACACCGAGUUGAACGGGGAAAAUGUCAUUUUUCAAAAUGUAGCUUAUUGUUUUAAUAAUAUUUCUUUUACUGCACUGCUUUUAAAUCCCUCAAUGUGAAAUCCAAUGAAAAUGAAAUUGUCAAACCAUCCUUUUUUUUUUUUUUUUUUACGAUGUGACAUUUCCCAAUGCCUUGCCGUCCAAACCACUCUCGCGACGUCAUUUUCCCGAUGUGUCGUUCACCGAUAUUUCGCUCCACGGUUUUCAAAUGCCAAACCUUGCAUGUUUGUCACAACAACAACAAAAAAAUAUGUAUCGAUCCUUCUUUGUUGUCGACGUGCCGCCGUGUCGCUGUUGCGCCCGGAUGACUUAUUUUGAUAAGAAAAAAUGUGUACGUGGUGCAAAGGUGGAUCACUCUGCUGUCUUCAUAAAAUGUCUCAUUUGAACUCAACGCAGUUCUUUUUGUCCUUUUUAACCUGCACACACCAGCAGGUGGUGCUAUCGUCUGAAUUUCACAACUGACGGGUUCAAUAUGUCAGUGCUUAAUUGUCUUGUUUUUGUGUCCAAAAAACAUAAGGCCACCAGAUAUAUAAUUUC